CCAAAAUCCAGCCCAAGGUCCGCUUCCCAAAGAGGGCCUACAGGCCGCCCCGGAGCAAGGGCUCCGCCCUCUGCAGGACCCCAGGUACCGCCCCCCCCCGCCGCACUCAAGUCCCCCGCCGACAUCGUGAAGGAGGUUCUGAUGAGCAGCUCCGAGGGCCCCCACACCGUCGGGUCCCCAUCGCACCCUGGGGCCAUCGUGCCUCCAGAGUUCGCUUCACCUCAGCAGGCUCACGCUCUCAUGCACCAGCUCCAGGAGGACUACAACAGACUGCUCACCAAGUACGCAGAGGCGGAAAACACUAUAGACAGACUGCGUCUGGAGGCCAAGGUGAACCUGUACUCGGACCCCCCCAAGCCCAGGCAUUCUGUACACUUGGCCACCAUCAGCAUGGGUUCAAAGGCUGUAAAGCUGAACUUUCCCCGAGCUCAGAGGGCUGAGCUUGGCCACACCGCAGACCCAAUGCACCUCUCAGACCUCAGAUCAGACAGGACAGAUGGUGCCUUUUCCUCCUCCGAGGCCUCUCCCCCAUCCCGAAUCCUGGACCACCCAGCAUGGCAGCUUUUGACCGAGGCUCUUACGGGGCAGUCUGACAGCUUCCGGACGCAGGUUGACUGCUUUGAAGACUUUGUCAAGAAUGGAAAACUGACGCCCUUUCAGCAGAUGGAGGGCUUGUCGGACCUGGCCAGGGGGCUCGACGCCCUGGAGAGGGGUUACCUGCAGGCUCGGGAUGAGCACCGGGUCCUACAGCAACACAGCAGGGAGCCUCAGGCCUUUGAUCCAGGCAGGGAGCUAGAGGGGUGGAUCUUCCAUUUGGGGAUGCGUCUGGAGGUGCUGAGGGAACAGGUGGGGCAGACUGCAUCCGACCAGCCUCACCUCAGUUCCUCGUGUCCCCCACCUUCAGAACCCGAUCCUUUCUCGGUCCCAUACCACAGGAAAAGCCCCCCUCCUGUCCCCAAGACCCCCACAAUCCCCACGGAGACCGGGGCCAUGAGCCCUUUGAGUGAGGAGGCGGGGCCACAGUCUGCUGCCCUCCAUCCCAAGCUGUGGAUGAAGCAGCAGCAAGCAGAGUGUGAUUUCAGCAAUCUGUCGGACCAUUACCAGCGUUCCAAGGAGCUGCCUGGACUGCUGGACGUAUGCCGAGAGUCUGAGGUCAGAGGCAGAGCUGUAAUGCACCCUUCGGUUUUGGGGGCUGACAUGGCAUGCAGAGGAAAAGGCAGGGUGGCAAGCCAGGAGAGCGAAGAGAGUAUACCCUCAGCGCAGCUGAAGGAGACUGGGGGGGUACAGUCAGGUCUACCUCCUGCACACACCAGCAGGAGCCUGGAGAACCACUUCCCACAGCCCCUCCCUCACCCCCACCCCCGGGGUCUGGACCGGUCCGGGGGCAUGGCCACCCAUGGCAACAAGCUACAGAGUGGACACAGAAGAGCACCCCCUCUGGAUGGGAUCGUCUCACCAGAGACAGACAGCGGCUUUGUGGGCUCUGAGAGCAGCCGCCUGACCCCCGUAGUGCACAGUCCCCCCCAGCGGAUGUCGAGAGCGAGGCUUUCUCACCAUCUAGGAGAAGCAGGAACAAACUUGCAGCCAAGCCCAGUUCAGCCCUCACUGGCCUCUGAUUCUAUAAGACCAUCCUGCCAGGACCACACUGCCGGCUAUUGUCAUGCCCCGCCCUCAAGGGGGGAAAGCAGAGUACCCUUCCCCUGUCCCUCUAAAUCCGACUCCCCCCAGCACUGGGACGGCAGUGGGAUAACAAUGACCUCUGGGAUUAACGAGUCUGACAUUCAGUCCACCCCCAGUGUGUGUGAGGAAGAGGAGAGCCAAGCAGUCCACACCUCGCAGCCGACUACUGAGCAGCCGCCUGAGCAGCGAAGCCCUUCACCCAAGGCAUCGCAUCAUCGUGUUGCUCCAGUCAGAGCACAGUUGAGUGACAAACAUGAGGCCAUCCAGUCCUUGCGAGUCGAAAUGAAUGUGCUGAGGGAGGGGCUGCAGGCCAGCCUCCGACAGGGUCCCACCGCCCUUCCUGCCUGGGUGGCACCCCCACGUCCUUCUAUCAGGUUUGCUAGAAGCCCAAAAGGCAGGGGAGGGGGUAUGCAGGUCAAACAGAAAACGGAGGAAGAAGAUGGGUGGAAGGAGGAAUCACUAGGGCCUGCCUUCCAGAGAAGGUCUUCCUUCACCUCCUGCUGGAGACCUGACCUUAGCACCCCUGAUUCUGAGCAUUCUGACAGAACCUCCAAGCCAAGGUCUCCCAGGAAUAUCCCAGCAUCGCCUGCAGCACGAGGAGUAAGGGGCCGGACGCGAUCGGACCCCGUGCCAUGCAGAGGAUCCGGCCGGCUGUGUAACCUGACUCACUCCAGUGGUUCUGAUGAACCCAAGAGGCGAGAAACCCGCAGCUCUGCCAAGCCGCCAUCCCGGUCACACCCGAACGGGGGGGCCGCCCACUCAUCACGCUGUCCUCUAUGCAGUACUCCUGAACAGCUGCAUGGGGUUAGAGAAGCCAGAGGGGCAGGCUCUUCUCGGAAGAGACACUUAGACUCCGCCCCCCGAGGCAGGCGACCAAUGAGGAUCUUACGCAAAGCUGCUUCUGUGACGGCCCCACCGCCUCCUUCCCACAGCAGUGAGCCAGUGGUUUACUGUGUGCCAGUUUGUCCCCCGGUGCUGUACUGUCCUAGUCCUGUGCUCGGCGCAGGCCCCACAUACCUGCGUUCCCUCUACCGGCCACUGGGUGGCGCCAAAGCAGAUGCAGAGGAUGCAUCCCUGAAUAGACCUCGGCAGCCGGGCAGCUCCCUGUUAUCCGAUGCAGAUUCCCUCGGCCAGUCCCUAAGCCGCGCCAUUGAGGCUGCCGCGAGUAUGCAGGCUGUCUCCCGGCACAUGGCCCGCUCACUUUCCUCAGGACUUCGUCACCAGGAGGCGCUGGAGCAGUUAUGUCUGCGCUGAAGCCGCCAAAUGUACAGCAGACCACCGUGACGCAUUCACAGCUGCUUUCGUAAACUCAGGGUAUUUGUCCCGCACUGUACUUUCACUUCAGUUGCAGUCGCCUGGGCUUCUCAUGAAGGAAAACCUGCUCAGUUUCUGUGUGAACUGUGUUUGUUAGCAUAAGUAUGAGUGGAAAGUAUGUUUUAUUUCAUUUUUUCUAGUUUCAAACUACAUAAAAAUUAUGACUGCCCUAGGUUCAGUCCUGGUUUAUGCUAGAAUCCAGACGCAACCUACCUGAAUCAGGGAUUCCUCACAGUGACAGUAUAGCUUAAGCCUGUGUUUUUAUACAGUGUAUUUUAACUGGCAAAACUAGGUCUUUAAGUAGUAUCCAUGUUUUGAAUAGUAAUUUAUAUCAACUGAGCAGAGUGUGGUUGUGAUUCUCAUGUGUCUUACUAAACUGUUGCCACUGUGAUAUGGAUAUAGACAGGCUUUGGGUCCAAUGCACUUUUUACAUGUGAAUGUGUUUUUUUUCUAGUGCUUACUUUUUUAAUAAGGCUCUAACGCAGCGGUUCUCAAACUCGGUCCUCGGGCCCCACUGCCCUGCUUGUUUUCCUGCUAUCCCUUGCCUGAACACACCUGAUCCAGGUAAUCAGCAGUGUGUAGGGCAGGGAUAGCUGGAAAACAAGCAGGGCAGUGGGGUCAGAGGGCCGAGUCUGAGAACCACUGCUCUAAGGGUCAGCGGGGAAACGAGGGAGGCGCUGACCUCACUAGCCAGCAGUCACUCAUCUGUGUGGCCAUGUUUACUUCCUGUCUGAAUGACUGCUUCACCUCUCCGGCUUCUACCAUUGAUCAGUUAGAAUGCAUUUGAAGCAUAAUGAGCUGGUAUCUGUGAGGUUUGCGUUACUCUUCAAACAGGCAGAUGUCUCAAAAGAGGACAGCUGCAUUGUUACCAGAGAGGUGUGAUUUGAUAAUGGGCAUAGUCUUAAAGGCACUCUAAUUGUAAAUUCUAUCUACCACAUAAUUACAUAUACAUUGAUUUAUCAUUAUUAUCAAAGGGAGGGGAUGUGCUUGUUUGAAAAUCUUUCUUCUGAACAUUAAUGCAGCUUUAAUUCAUGCAUUACUCUGCAUAACAUCACAUCUACUGAAUGUCGAGCAAUCUGAUCAUUUACAAUGUUGUAAUGUGUAGUUUUUGUGUGUGGACAGCAUUUCACAUCCGUAUGCCGGAUUGCAUGCUGGUUUCUGGUCGUUACCCUGGGUGCUGGAGUCCAGGCCUGCUAGCCCUGAGUCCUCAAGCUGAGCCGCCCACUCUCUGCACUGUAUGUGCUGCACUGGCAUGUUGUCUGACUUGGCUGGAUGUACUGUGUACUCUCAAAGCCAGGUGCCAGGUUCACUCGUAGGAUCUGGGUACAUUUUUGGUCAUUCCAGUGAAUUAGUGGUUAGUGCCCUUAUGUGUAAGCUGACACUGAAGGAAGAUGAAAUUUAGCAAUAUCAAUUCAUAGAAGGGAUAUUUUAGAUAAUGAUGUAGUUGUUAGGGACAUUUUCAUGUUUGACACUGUAAAAAAACAGCUGAAUAUUUGUAAUUUGAUUUUAUAACGUUUGUACUAAAAGUUUCCAAUAGUGCUUUAUAAUACAAGAAAGCACUGUCUUUUUGUAAUAAAGUUAAUAGUAAAUAAUAA